AUGGCCGGAUCUAUUCUGGAGGUAGGGAAUGUAAUUGAAGACACACGCUAUGGCUCCAGUCCCCUGGCUAUGUUAACUGCUACCUGUAAUAAGUUCGGCAGCAUCAGCCCCAUCAGGGACACAGCCACCCCCAGUAAGAACGGCAGCACCUCGCCCAUAAAGAAGCAAUACAUCAUGACCUCCGACCUUCAGGCAGCCAAAAACGGCCGCACCGCAGACUCUGGCCUGGCGGAUUCCUACACUGGCUCCUUCACCACAACUGGAGGAGGCAGCGGCGGCCUCCUCACUCCGACAGGGAGCCCCCCUCCUUCUGCCGGAGGCUACACUUCAGAGUACAAUCCUUUCUCCCACUCGUUCCAAACCUCAGUGUCCCAGGACCCAUCUCUGUUAGUGUCUAAGGCCCACGCCACAGCUGACUGCCUGACCAGUGUGUAUACCUCUUUGGACAUGACACAUCCUUAUGGCUCCUGGUACAAGGCUGGCAUUCCGGGUAUUACCACUGCCCCUGCCAACGCCACUUCCUCCUGGUGGGAUGUCCACCCCAAUUCCAACUGGCUGUCGGCUACACAACCCCAGUCUGAUGGCGGUCUGCAGGGCUCACUGCAGACAGUGCCCCCCCAAGCUUCACUCAGCCCACAGCUGCCCAGCUAUAGUACUGACUUUACCCCCUUAAACCCAGCCCCUUACCCCUCUGUGGGCCUGGGCUCCUCGUCUCACCUCCUGCAGCCUUCACAGCACAUGCUGCCCCAGGAUAUGUACAAGCCCAAGCCUGUGGCCGGUACUGGGCUGAUGGAGAGCCAGAUGGGGCUCAAGCCUGCUAGGGGCUCAGGGGGCUACAGCGGAGGUGGAGCACCCACAAGGUCAUCAUGCGAUUGUCCCAACUGUCAAGAGCUGGAGAGGCUCGGAGCCUCAGCCGCCUCCUUAAGGAAGAAGCCCGUCCACAGUUGCCAUAUACCAGGCUGUGGGAAGGUUUACGGGAAAGCAUCCCACCUGAAAGCCCACCUUCGCUGGCACACUGGGGAAAGACCCUUUGUCUGCAACUGGCUGUUCUGUGGGAAGCGCUUCACACGCUCUGAUGAGCUGGAGCGGCAUGUGCGCACCCACACCCGAGAGAAGAAGUUCACCUGCCUGCUGUGCAACAAGCGCUUCACCCGCAGCGACCACCUCUCCAAACACCAGAAGACCCACGCCGAGUCCGCCCUGCAGGGGAAGACUGCAGAGGGAGAGACAGACCCUCGCACCGAAGACCCUACAGAGAUGAACACUGGUGUCCUUCCCUCCAACCCCACCUCUGACCCUAUCCCGAACGGAGAUGACAAAACCGGAACAAACAAUGGAGUGGACAACAGCAGUGGACUGUUGGAGAUUUAA